CCCUUAAAUGCAGAUGGAAUAAUAUCAAAUAAACGUUAAAAAUUAUCUUUACCAUCUUUGCUCUCAUUCUAAGACCCCAAUCCGACGGAGCUGUGUCCAACUGUCUAUGUUCCUUCUUCCUACAUCCCCCAAACCCAAAAGAAAGGUGAAAAAACAAGAAGCAGCUAAACCACCGGCAAUAGCCGGUCACUCACCGUCCCUUCUCUUCCCGCGUCUCACAUAAACCCACACACAGUCACACACUGCCGUGGAGUAGUAGUAGCGUCCUUCCGUAACGGGUAAACGGGUCAACCCAAAACAGCGUCCUUUAAAGCUUCCGUUUUUCUGCUUUAAUGUCAGCAUUCUUUUUUUUCUUUUUUUGGGUGGGUUUUGGUUUUCUUUACUUGCUAAGUUCAUAACUGUUGUCGAUUGUAUGUGUUAUUGGACGAUUUUGGCUGAUUGAAGAACAUCAAUCAUAAAGCAAACUGUUUUGGGCAAGAUUUUGUGUUUAUGGUCUUUCUUGGUCGGAAUUUAUUUUGGGUUGUCCACUGAUACGAGAAGAACCCGAGGGGUAUUAAAUUUGGGUUUUUUUGGGGAAAGAAAUUGAAGGGUUUAAAGCAAGCCCAUGUGAUGAUUGACUGAAUUUCAGUUGCAAUAGUUGUCAAGAUCAAAAUUUUUAGGUCUCUGUUUAGGGCUUUGUUUCUUUUUUGUUUUGGAAAUCGAAGGUUGGAUUUUUCUCAUUUGUGAUGAAUUAAUCUAUGUCGAGUUUUUAUUGAUGUAUCAUCUGAAUUUGACAAUUGAAAUGCAUGUCUUCAAUAAUUAACCACGUCCCACGUAAAGUUGCCAACUUUUUGUAGCUUUUCUGACGUUAUUUAACACUUUGGUACUAAUCGCUUCGAAAUUAUGUGUUUUGAUUAGUUUUUGGGAAAAAUUCCCAACAAAAUUUUGCUGAUUCAUUUUUAGCCCGGCUGUUUGAUGUAUUUCACCUGGGUUUUUUCUGUAUCAUUUCAGGGGUUGUAAGUAUCUAUCAAUCGACCAGUGAAUUCAAGCACAUUGCCCUUGGAAUUGAAGCUGUGAACGAUCACAAAUUAUGGCGGAAACUAAUCCAACAUCGGCUUCCGAGAAGGAAAAGUCAGCUCCUCAGAAGAAUGCUCGUAAUAAAAAUGAAAAGAAUCAACAGGGUCCCAAAAGGAUGAAGCAACAGAAUCCGGUGGCAAGAGUGGCUCAUGUCGCUGAACCUCAACAAAGAAAUCACCCUGUUCCUGUUCCUGUUCCUGUUCCUGUUCCCGUUCCUGUUAAUGUAAAACAGGAACCUGGUAUGUCCAACCAAAGAUUGAACAAUCCGAGGUUGGAAAAUAUGAUAAGCUCUGAUGAAUUCAAGCGGCGGCAGAUUGCACAUAAGCUACAUUAUCAUAAAUGGCAAAUUGAAAAUCAACAACUUAAGGCCAGAAUUGAACAGCAGAGUCAAGAACGAGGAGAACAGUAUGUGAAUCCUAGUCCCGAUUUUGAUAUAUCUCAUUACCCACAACAACAUCAGAGGAGGAAUCUGUUGGCACCACAGCAGCAGCCCAGUGACCAACAGCCUUACUCGCAGUUAAUUAAGGAAGAUAUAUACUCUGUGCGUUUGAAAGAUUAUCUUCAUUAUCUCCGGAAUGGAAUUAAGAAUAACAAUAUAUGUUUUUGGAGGAAGUUUGUCUCCUCGUGCUAUGCUGAGUGUGGUGUAGAAAGAUGGUGUGUCACUUCGUAUGAAAACAUUGAGCAACCACUUCUUGGUGCUUUUUCCUUCCCAGCCAUGGAAGCAUGGUGUUGUGAUCUUUGUGGUACAAACUCGGGAAAGGGAUUUGAGGCAAGUUUUGAAACGCUCCCAAGGCUUCUGCAAAUGAGAUAUGAGAGUGGUGAACUUGACCAGACUUUGCAUCUUGAGUCUCCUGGGCGUCAUCAGCUUCUAUCUGGGGCAAUGCUGCUGGAAUAUGGAAAAGCUGUUCUGGAGACUACUUAUGAGCAAUUUCGAGUGUCUCGUGAGGGUAAAUUACGAGUUAUUUUUAGGAAGGAUUUGAAGAUAUUAUCAUGGCAGUUUUGUGCUCAGCGUCAUGAAGAAUACUUACCUCGUCAAUUGGUUGUACCACGGGUCAAUCAGUUCAUUGAUGCUUCAAAUCAAUAUCAAAGCUCCCUUUAUGAUAGUGCUCUUGGCAAUGUCUCAGAACAGCAGCUGCUAGCCAAUGGCAAUAUGUACAAGAGAUCUGGACAACAGCUGAAAAGUUUCGUGGAGCUACCAUUGAUCAAUGACUUGGGAUUUUCUGCAAAACAUGGUAGAUGCCUAGAGGCUGCAUUUGUUGGAACAUUACUUGCUAAUAAAAUACAUUCAUUCUCAGAGGGCUUGCAGACUUAUCCUCGUGUGGGCAACAACUCAAACAUGUGGGUAAGUAUGCAGACUCAGGCUCAACAAACACCCGGACAAGGGAGCACACCAUAUGUACAGGGUAAUGGGAUUUGGCCCGGGGCCAUGCCUUUCUCUGAAGGUCAGAUCAAUGUUGGGCCAAACAGCAAUGGAGUAGUUUUCAACGGCUCAGUACAAAACAGAUCCAGAAUGCCUGUUUCCCAUCAGGGAUUCCAGAGGGAAAAUCCAUCAAACACAAUGCAAAGCACCUCAAUUUCAAAUUAUGAGCAGGCAGUCUUGAUGAGCCAGUCUGGCCAAAAUAGAGCUUCUCCAUAUGGGAUUAUUAACUCUGAUAAUAAUCACAUAUUAGUUAACAACAGCUCAGUGCUGAACAGCUUGUCGAGUUUACCGGUGUCUGCAACAAGUAAGAUGGUACACCAGCACAUUUUGAAUAACUCGUUUGAUCAGGCGACGGUGGCUAACAACAGAAAUGGAAAUGUCACUAUGCAGCAGAAUGGAGGUUGGAGUUUGGAUGAAUUUUUGUAUGGCAUGAACCCCUCUGCUUCCUGA